UCCAAGAGACCUUGUAAGGUUGUGUUGAGCACAGGUGGUUUUUGAGGCUGUGGCAUUACUGUGUGACCCAGAGAGGUGCACGGCAUGAGUGUGUGAGCUAUGGAGGAGGUCAUCUGUGAUCGGGUGACACUGAGGUGCCAUGUCCAACAACAUGGCCAAGAUCGCUGAGGCCCGCAAGACGGUGGAACAGCUGAAGCUGGAGGUGAACAUCGACCGCAUGAAGGUGUCGCAGGCGGCGGCUGAGCUCCUGGCUUUCUGUGAGACGCACGCCAAAGAUGACCCGCUGGUGACACCUGUACCCGCCGCCGAAAAUCCCUUCCGCGACAAGCGCCUCUUUUGCGUCCUGCUCUAAGUUCUCCCGAGAGUUUACCCUCCCCUCGCCCAAGUAUGAAUCCAAUAAACUUGGUGACCGUG